AUGGAUUUGUGUACCGGUGGAACGCUCGAGAACGUCUUACGUGAGGACAAGAUGCUUCCAGAAGAGGCCAUUAUUCGUUUCGGUCGACAACUUGUCCAAGGGCUUAGUUUUAUGCACUUAUCUGGCGCAAUUUUUGCAGACUGGUGUCCACGGAGGGUUUGUUUUCUUUUAUGGUUAUCAUAAUGAUCAUUUAAAGAUAUUCUUGGAUGGUGAGGGCAACAUAAAGUACUAUGACUUUUCUUAUGCCCGAAUGGAAAACGAAUGUGGUCAGAAAUUCCUUAAUCGGUUUUCUGACGAAAACGAUGAGCCAGACUCCGGAUACGACGGACUUUCCGACGCUGCACUUCCAUAUAUUGCUCCGGAAGUGUUAUCAGGACAGCCCACUUCGAAAGCAUCAGAUGUUUGGGGACUUGGCUGCCUUUUGUAUCAGAUGUUUGCUGGGUCAACGCCUUAUGCAAGUCAGGUUCCCUCACAUGUAUGUCAGGGUUCUUUAUUACGCAAUAUUCUUAGUUGUUCUUUCAACCUCCUGAAUACUUUAUCAAAGCUGAAAGCAAUACCACCUAGGGAAAGAACUUACUCUGUCUGUUUUUAUAAAAAGAAUUUUGGGUUUUAAGGACCCGUAUCUACUUUUUUCUGCAUUUAUUGUUUUUGGAAUUCCUUUCUUCUUACAAGUGUCAUUUUUAAUUUUGUCAAUUCUUUUAUAUUAACACUUUUGGAGGAUCUACGUCAUUUAAGUAAUGACUAUUUCCUCAUUGUCAUAUAUAUAUAUGUUCACCUAACGGCCACACACCUGCAUCUGAACUGAUAUGUAAAGACUGUAAGGUACUGAAACUGAUUACCGUAACUUAUCUCCACGGGGUCCUUACGAUAAUUGCGUUCGAUAGUUGUUCGAAAAGCUCCUUUCUCUCGCUCCCCUAAUCGCCAACAGACGUUUGAAAAUUUGCAUUCGGAUUUGGACAUCUGCAGUUUGCGAUGAUAUGGCAGUACAGUACACAAACCUGUUAAAUGGAUUAUGUGGUCAAGUUUUUUUACUUUGCGCCUCUACUGCUUCUUACGCUGUUUGUUCUAAAGUAAACCUUAUUAAAUGCAGGUCGGCUGUGGUUAUUCAGAGUGCCAAUAUAAACUUAGCUUGCUAACCUCGGUAUUAUUAACGCCUAAUGUAGACUCAUUCCGCACUUUUUGAUGCAUUUUUUCUACCACUAGAAGUCAACAUAGUUACCAGAUUCCCAGUUAUCAUCAAACUGGUCAUCCUUUCGCCUUUCAUGACAGGCUGUAUUUUAGCAAAAUAUCCCGUCGGUUUAACUUUAUCAUGCUAUAAGAAACCAUGAUCUCAUUUAAUAAAAUAUGAUAAAAAAAUUUCCCCCAGUCUAGGGCUUUCGCUUAGCGCCUCAAAAUAGAAUUAAUCACUGUAGCAUCAAGUGGCUACGCUGGCACAUCUAGUCUGGACAUUCUCUGUCAGACAGAGUUAGUCCAAUAGAUAUUUGCCGCGAUCUCCGUUGGCUGAAUCAAGUGCUUCAUUCGUUUGUCAGUCGCCUGUAUUAUCGGACUUAACAUUGUCCAGUCAGUUUUGAUUGCGGAGGGCAAUUUUCUUCAGCAAAACAGCGUCUUUAUCUGAACAGCUAAAUAUCACGUUUACUUAUCAUUUGUUCUCAUCAACUUGAUGCCUACCGGCAACUUUUUGUUUCGUUCUCCCUAUUGUCGAGGACUCCUGUCGCAUUCUUAAACUUUCUAUUUUAAGCACUGUGCCUUCUCAUAGUGGAACCAGAUUCUCCCUAUUGAUUGCUCUCAUUGUCUUAUGUAAUCUUGUGAUUUAGGUGACUAAUGCAAUGUGCCAAAUUUUUAGCUCAUCCAAAUGAUUCUGAACAACGAACUGCGUCUCUUAACUCAAUUCGCUCGCCAGCCUAGUGCGGCCUUGUGGCACCUUCUUAGCUCAAUGCUCACGAAGGACCCGGCCCGAAGAAUGACUCUGGCGGAAGUCUUGGACCACACAUUUUGGCUUGGAUCUAAGGCGACCACUCCCGAAGGCACGAAUAUUAGCCAAGACAGCAGAUUCGAUGUUGCUUCAGUAACCGGCUCAGAAGUGGUGGGUUCUCGUAUUUAUUGAAUAUCUACAUGCAGUCAUCCAAACUCAAAGUGACAUGUCUCCUUAACGCCUUCCUCAGUGUAUUCAAUAAAACUGGCAUUCUGACAAUGCCAAUCUGGUAUAUGGCCUUUUUUCUCAUGCCUUUUGCUCCGUAUCCGAUGGCGUCUGCGUCGUCAUUAGCAUAAGUUUUUAUUUUAAAGCUUGAGGCGUCUUCUUAUCAGCCAAGCGAGUCUCUUACGAAAGGAGACCAAGCCAUACUAACGAUGACAUAAAUUGCCUGUCUUUAUGUUCUUUCGAUAUCUGACCAAUUGACAAAAUCCAAUCUUUUACCAAACAUUGUUCAGAUAUAUUUAUUUACGCCCUAUAGCCACAUUUUACAUGAAAAACGUGCUUGAGUUAAUUAACGACACUUCCACUGCUCUUAUCAUGCUGGACGUUUUGAGGACUAUUGAUCUACAUUUCUAAUUUCUCCGAAAUCUUGUCAAACAUGAUGUUGAAUGACCCAUUCGUCCAACCUACUUAGACCAAGCUUUUGUUCCGAAUCUCAUUUUUAUUGGAAGAAUUUUUUCACUGUGGACGUUAGGAAGUGCAGAUUUUUUUCCUUCUUUAUCCACGGGGUCUGAAGUUCUAGGUUAUUUGCAUGACCGAAGUUAUCUCAAAAUUUUAAGUGUUUCAGAGCAUGGUAUCAGCCUUUUUGCUGCGUAAUUUAGUGCAAGAAUCUUAACAGCUUUGGUCACAAUGCUUGUGAAAGCAUUUUUAGUCGUCUGGGUCUUUUUUCUGUAUUGACUUUGAGUAUAUCCAGUCGAAGGCGGCAAAUGGUCAUUUCAAUCCUCGUCUUCUAGGCGAAAUCUUUUUUCAGUACCGAGAUGUGUUAAGACCAUUAAGGCAAAAAAAUAUAUAGAUUUUGCUGGCCUGAUCGCCUAAUUUCACGUGGAAUAAAAAAGUGAUUCAGACCGAAUUAUAGCAGUAUCAAAAGCCUUAUUGAUUGUCUACGCAAGCCUCCAACGUCUAAAAGUUUUUCGUCUAGUUGGAGGAUUUUUUAACGUAAUGAAUUUUCUGGCUUGGGUAUUAAGCUCAAAACUGUUGGCGUUUUUUGAUGACAGGUCUUACUUGUGUUUUCUUACGUUCUGAUCCCACUUGACUAAAUUUAUCCCUUGACAAAGAGCAUAUUUUUCACUGGAGCACAUUCCUCGUUUUAGACUUAAAAGUCCUUUUUUCAGCCAUAAACCUACACUGAAUUCCUUAACCGGUCAUGAUUAAAUUCUUUUUCGUUGCUCUGCUUCCUCCAAAGGCCAGCUGCGUAGUUGCUUUGGCUUCUGUGGUACCAUGGCUUCAGUUAGGUGAGAGUUACAUCCAGAUGGGCAUGUGCAAGGUGAUUAAUAAGUUUUUCUGCCGUUCAAAAGUGGGACACGGUUUUUUACUUUUACAAUUUACUGAGCCUUGCGCGUUGCCCAUCGUAGAUUUCUCCACAGUUUAUCUUCGAAGAACAAAUUCUCAAGAUCUGAAUCAAGGAUUUAGAAAAACUUGUCAGGGAAUUUAUUGUUUUCUAAGGAUGACGUAACUUAUGGGUAUCCUGAUACUAUCAGAAACUUAUCCGUCUAGUUUUGUUCCCUUUACAUUUCGUGUGGUGGUAGUUAAACAAAUGAGGUUUCUUCGACACCAGCUCCAUACUAAUUUUUUUUCAAAAGUCUUUUAAAAUGCCGCGGACAUUUCCAAAUAGCUUGUAAUGGGUCAUGCUUCUUCAAACUGUCUUUGUUCUUGCGUUAAAAAUGUCAGCGAAGUACUUUCCUGAUAGCAGAGACGUAUCGAUCUUUUCGUUUUUUAUAUUGCUGUCUUGCAUUUUCAGGUCUUAUUUUGUCCAGCUUUUCGCACGACCUCUUAUUUUCAAGGUUUUCUGGUGUUUCCUGUUUGGUCUUUAGUUGAUUUUAAGUUCAAGUUUUUGCUACCACUCCAGACUGUUUGCUCCGCAAUACCAGUGGGUUCGAAGAAACUAGCGGCCAACAACAUGAAUCAGGCAAAGGCGUUAGCAACCAAGCCCAUUCCUCGGGACUCGAAAACAGCUAGUAAGAGACCCUCCCUAACAUCUCAAAGUUCAGCCAAGGAAAAGGAAAACGCACCACCCAGUAAACUAGAGAUGCCGACAGCAUCGGCCACUUUCAGCCUGCACUCCCAGUCCUGCCCCAUAACAAUGCGCAAAGAACCCACCAAAACGGCAGCCGAGAGUAGAAACAACACAGUUGUCAACAGCAGCAACAAUAGUGACUCGUUGGACCAGAGCGACCAAGACUCUGUGCGCAGGCAUUCCAAAUUAAGUACGACCAGCGAGUCGGACCAGACCCUCUUCAAGUCGGAGGAUGGUCUGAACGUUUCCAUUCAGUCGCCUGUCCCAAUGGAACACCGAAUGACAAAGAGCGAAUUCGUAUUCCGAGAGGAUGGCAAGUUUUCCCCACCAUUCUAGCUGUUAUCAUGUUCCUUACAAGUUUUAGGAGUAGGGCGUUUAUGCGUGAUACUGCCUGUUAGGUACCAAUUUAUUAAAAAACUAACAAGUGCAUUGAACCUUCCGUGUAUGUCACUCGCUGGCGACCUUGAUACUUUAUUUGGUAAUAGAAUUCUGCUUUCGACAGUCGAGUUACUGUCAUAAUCCGGCCCUUUCCAUCAAACCGCUGCAUUGGUAACGGGUACCAUACGAUCAAGGGUGAAACUUGGCAGAAUUGAUUACGUAGACGAUCAUAAAGACGAGCAAACCUUACAUUCUGACCGCGUUAUUCUUUCCAACCAUAUAAUUUGCGAUCACAAUCGAUUUCCGACAAUAACUGACUAUAUUCUCAACCCGCUUUCCCUAGUAUAAAUCGUCGUGCCUUUAACUUUUGAUUGCACCAUCCCCUAAGAAGCCGCUUCUCCCUGUACUUACCUGUAGCCAGUACAACUGUGGUCGUGCCUAAUCUACCUGACCUCGUUACAGAUUGUACCUCUCCACGCUUGAAGGUCCGUGGUUGUGAGUCUGGAGAACACCUCAUAUCUUUCCUCCAACAACGGAGACCGAAUACCGAAUGUCUAGCACUUCCAUUUCUUUAUUGACUGCUCUAGCCAGGUUUUGAGUCGACCUCCUUUCCGACGCCUCCGGGUGGAUGACGGCGCCGGAUCGAGGGCAGUGACAUUGAUUUCAUGUGGCGAACGAUGAAGAACGUGUCCAAAUCACAAUCGUCUUUCUUGGAUGGCUUGGAAUAUCUUCGCGAUGUUGACGCAGCGAGUGCGGACCGUCUCAUUUGGUGUACUUCACUCGAAGGAUUGUCCUCAAACAGUGGUGGCCAAAGGCCUCCAGUUUUUUCUCGUCUCCUACGCACGCAAUGCAUCAUUCACCAUCUGUUAGUAAAACUGGCCGGAGGUAUGCACGGUACACGCGGAUUUUCCCGAUGAUGAAAAUGUCGCGUCGGGUCCGUAGACGGAUUGUGAAAAUCCUCCGGGCAACAUGGGUUCGGGAAAUGAUGUCAUCCAUGCUCCAUCCAUUCGCCAACGGCCUCGCCCCCGACGUAUUUGAACCUGUCCACUUAUUUGAGUUAGCAGUCGUUAAUACCGAGGACUGCCUUCUACUGGUCGGGGAUGCAGCUCAAAAGCACUUCUGUCUUCCUAGCGUUUUUGGAUUAACCGACGGAUUUAGCGACUUCAUUUACCCCUGACACCAGAUACCGUAGAUCGGAGUUUCGGCCACCAGAACGACAUCUUUCGAGUAUUGGGGAUUAGUAGGCCGGCGAUGGCGACAGGCACAGGGAUGUCUGAACACCAGUCAUCCGGAAGGACCUCCUUUCUCCCCUCUUACUCAGUCGUCUUAUGAGGCCAGGGCGCCAAACUGUCUACACAAGAUUUGGAGAUUUCAGCCUGGCUAGUGUCCUCUCCGGGCGCCCUACUGGUGUACAGCCUUCGUACUGCAUCAACAAUUUCUCCGUCAGAGAGGGUAGGGAAUUACGCGACGCCUUGUAAACUAGACAGGACUAAAACUCCGCUGUAGAGGAGAGGGAGGGCAUGAUGUGUUGGCCACCGAAGUUGAGAAAGUUCUCGAAGUUCUUAAGCCAACGCUGGACGUUGGUUGAACCGCCAUCGACAACGCGAACAGUUUCAGUGCAGAGGGUUUACCACUAAUUUGGCAGAUAAUUUGGUAGUUUUUGAGUGUCAUCAAUGUUUGAGGCCUGCUUCAGGGACGGGAUCGUUGUGUUAAGUUCUUCCAACAUGCUAGCGAUAACUGGGACCGCAAGUUCUAGGGUUAUUGCUGCUGCACAUCAUCUUUCUUCUUUUCCUCUACAAGAUUCUUUUAGUGUCCUUUGUCGUCAGAGACGAUUGGAGAAUUUUAUGUUGAAAUUUUGUGGUUUGUGAUCUACCGCUGUGCGGCAUCACAUGAUGGCAGUGUCCUUUCCUGACUAGUUUUGUAAAAGACGAUUGGUGAACAGUGAGCCCAGAGCUUUAUGUGAGCUUCAUCUUCAUGUCCGCCCAUGUGCGGGUUAUUUUGACUCCGUAGGCAAGACAUGACAGAAUCCUCUUUCUCACUUUUCAGCCUGGUCUUUUCGAAAAUAUAUAACUUUUACUCUCACCGAUAUUGUGAUAAUGUGACUUGCGAAUCUCAUGCAUGUUGUAAAAUGGGUGCCUUAUUGUUAACGUCAAGUCUUUGACUGACGAAGACGGUACCUAUCUGUCAAGCAUGGAUCGAAUUUUCGAAUUUUACAUUUGCUUUACAGUAACCACCCAUACCUAAUACGGCUUUUCCCUCACGUGAGUCUCGAAAUGGACUCAAUAUCCCAUAUAAUGCAGUACGUGACAACUUCUCUAUGGGGUUCUAGGACGAAUACUCAGUAGCCAUAUGAUGUAUGGACAUCCUUUCUUCUUUGUAUCAAAGGUUAUUCAAUUGUUAGAUUUUGCCUGCAGAUUCCUACCACAAUUUAUUUGAAAACCAUCGAACCAAAAUCGGUCGUGCUCCUGCUUUUUGAUACCCAAAGCAGCCUAGAUAUCUCGGUCCGCCCUUAGGCUCCUAACAAUAGUCUUUUAUGCAGGUUGGAAUGAUCCACCACUUAGCCUUCAUGUCACAACAUCGUGCUCCCGUUGUACUAGGUGUGUGUGAAGGGUAGGCAACCCUGGUCCUAUGUAAGAAGACUUCCUGUGCAACUUAUGCCAUCCUUUUCCAGCGGAGUUCUAGUUGCGCCUGCUCCACUCUUCGCUUCUUUCACAAAGCAGUUUUGUUUUCAUAUUCAUGCUAAGUUUCUUUAUUCCACAGACAAAAAUGCCAAUUCCUUCGCAAAACUUUGCUCCAGUACUUCAACCGCUGUGGGUAUGGGCACUCCACAGGCGCGCUCCCGCCUAACGCUCAUCUACCCCUGGGGCGACAAGUCAGCUUCUUUACCCCAGGAGGUCGACCUUGUGCAGCUGACCUCCCCGCGACAAUUGGAGGAUGUUUUCAAGGACGAACUAGAUCAGCUCUCAGAUGAUCCUCUCCCAAAUGGGGUCGCAGCCGUUAAUGAACACCUCUUCUGGUGUCCCCAGCCACUGAGUGACUACGAGAAGUGGACCCAACAUACGCCUCAUACUUGCGCCCGUGCUGACACUCGUCUGCUCGGCAAUGUCACGACCUUUUUGCCAGCACACAUCGACGCACUAACACUCUCGGAAGUUGAAGAGCAUUUUCAAGUGGUGAGUUUCCUCUUCUGUUUGCGUUUGUGGGACAGUUGGACGGUAUCGGUACCGACGGGUCAUUAGUGUAAUCGCUCAUCCUCGACAUCGGUUCUGUUUGCAAAAGAGGGAGGGCAGUUAGGAUAACUGCGUGGCAAGAAUGUGUCCAAUUAUAUCAUAUACGGUAUUAGCCUUCCAAAUUUUACCGUUGAGGGACCUACCGACUGAACUGACCAAGACUUCCGCUGACUGCUCAGUAACAGUAUUCUAAUCCUGAUGUGUGAGGCUAAUUUAUCGCGCGUCCUGACGUGGCGUACAGGUACGGUACUGACUUCAUCUCAAGCGGGGACACGACGUAUAGGAGCACCCACGUCAUUAAUACGAUGAACAUGGCUAGCAGUACAUUUUGAUGAGUUACCGCAGGUCUGCUGCCCAGCACCGUUCCAUUUGACAUCAUUCUCUCAUGCCUACCUAUCCAAAUUGAAACACCCUCACACUUGACAUUCGGUCACAUUCGGUAGCAUCUUUAUCAACCGGCAUCUGCCAUAACCUCUCAUCUCUCUGUCUCUUAUCGUUGUCUUCUUCUUUAUUGCCCUUUUCUGCACUUUUCCAACCUUUUAUCAACAUCAUACAAUAGAAGGGACGGCAGUUUAAACGAUAGGGCUGGAACUGCAUGCACAUCUUGACCUGAUAACCACGUGGUUUUCUGUGUUUCGGUGACCGUGAUGCAAACCAUUUAGCUGAUGCCCCGCUCAUCCAAGUGAAGCUAUGAUGAGUAACGAUGCACUCCUCAUUUUUGGGAGGAUCUUCCCCAGAAUAACGACUACUGUUCGAGUUAAUCGGGACAGUUACUUAGUUCGAGUCCUGUAAGCCAUUAACCGUUGGCAGAAUAAAACUUCCAGCUUGAUAUUACGUCAAUUUUCCGGUCUGAUCAGUCUUGCGACCACUGCUCUUAUUUUGAUCUCUGACGCCCGUUGAAAAUGUCUAGCGUCCACUUACUCACUAAUCUUCCGAGGUCCACUUCUCGCCAUCGAUAAGUUCUGUCUUGACUUACGUGGGAAAGCAGACAUUUAUAACGUGGUCUCCGUAACUUUCAACUGAACCAAAGGCGAGUUGUCGUUUUUCUAUCUUAUUGUUUGGCCUAGUGACCAGACAAAAGUUGCUGAUUUUGGGAUACUUUUUAUUUUCAGAUCCUUGGUCUGCUUAUCGGGGCUACCGAAGAAAAAGUAAAACUGGCUGGUCGUCUCGCAUAUCUGACCUGGUUUACUUCAGCCACCACGCUUCUCUACUCUAAAACUGCACAGAAAAAAUCCAACUACUUCUCACUCCUUUCCUCCUCCAUCCCGCGAGCUCACAUACUCCUGGAAGAGGCUGUCCGCCUUCUGAAACAACCCAGUGCGACCACAAAUUCUGAGGCGCGGACUUGGCUCUGUCGACUGAUUGGUCUUCUCGCGCACCGAACCGCCUACCUUCUCUUGUGGCUUAGUGGUGAACACGAACACCUGGUACGCCAGCUCACUGUGUGUCUUGCUCCAGAUAUCGCCGCCUGCCUCGCCAUUGUCGUGGAGGUGCUUCGCGAACCCGCCACCCGUAACCUCGUUCACCUUCGGCAGGCUGGCGUGACCGCUCUUGGGGAGCUAAUCGUCUGCGAAAUCUGUGUCGCCGGAGUCGUCCUCAGUCCAAGGAUAGACAUCACUUCUUGGAGUGAUUUGUAUCCAGUCCAUUUUGACAUCCAACGCGGCCAAUGGCAGUCCGUCACUUUCCAGUUAGUUCGAUGCCUCAGCACUAGCAAGAUGACGUCAACAAGCCAGCAGCAAAUGUCUUCACCGGCCAUCUACUGUACCACUUUGACCGCAGUUCCGGACGAUACGAUUGGUAAGACCAGUGAUCUGGCUACAAUGUCAGCAACGACAGGGCCCCAACUGACAGAGGACCAUGUUCGUCUCGCGGCCGCCCGUGCACUUGACGAGAUGGUAACCGCAAUUCUAGGCUGUAAUCUUCAUCGCCUGCUUCAGCGCGUGGACGCUGGCGACGUGGAUCGGUCACAGCCAGGUGUUGUGGUGAUGCUCACGCUUUCCACCUCCAUCUUCACCUUCCUCGACUGUAUCUUGACUCCGGAGACAGUGAGUCGACUGUGGGCCGACGGUGUUCUUGGUGGGCUCUCAGAAAACACCAGUAUUGGUGGAAACAAUGCUAGUGGAUCGAGUGCUGUCGGUGGCCGUCACGGCUCAGCAAACAUCUCUUCCCAUAAUCCACGCUUGAAGACACAAGUAUGCCAGCGGGUAGCCUUUACGUCCUCCAGUGCACUUGCCGGCCUUAUUCGUCUGCGGCCGGCCCUCUUCACUGGCGGUUUGAUUGACCGAAAUGGGACAAGCGCCUUCCUGACAAAGUUUAGCCCUUCAGUUGGAAACCGCGAGCCUCACCACACUGCUUUUACGGCAAGUUUUGAACCACAACACAGUCAACUCUAACAGUCUAUAAGACAGUUUGGUCGAUAUUAUUUGUGGUAUGUUUUCUUCUUCACGAGCCAGCUUUAGAAUUACGCAAAGUCCAUGGCAAGUCAAUCUUCUGCCGUAGUCGGUUUGCCCCAUGCUACAGUUCGUUUGGCUACCUGUUGUGAUGACUGUUUUUGCUCUUGAAAAGCUUCAUAGACUCAUCACAUGACAGAAGCAGCAACUUAUACGCCCCGCCUAUAAAAUGUGACUUAAGAAUCCCAACUUCACUUGUUGCCUCAAUUCACUAGAUUAAGUCUAUAAGCGACCUUUACGUUACAAUAAUUACAAAAUUUGAAUGAAAUGUCUGUUUGGGUAAAUGAUUCAGGCAUUGUGUCAGCACCAAAUUCUCCCUUUUCUAAUCCACAUCCGUGCUGUCUGAAGGUUACCCCCUCUCCCCCCCAUUGAUUAACCGUCAUACUUGGGGAAGUAAUGAUUCUACCUUUGUAACCCAACUAACUUUUUUCUUCAUAUUGGCCCAACUGUGAAAAACUCGGCGCCUCGGUGGGAUUCGAACCCACGAUAGCAAGAGGAAGGCUUUAGUAUAGCUAACGCUCUAGCCACUUGAGCUACAAGGCCCCAGCGAACUACCCGAGUUUAAUCACAUUUAGGUCAAGUUACCCGCCCAGCCUACUGCAACGUCUGGAAUCCACCAAAUCUGAUACAGUAAGUUGACUGCCCAAGCAGGAAUUUCUAAGUAAUUCAUCUAGAAUCCACCAGAUGACUACUAGGCUCACGUAAUUCUUAGCUCAAGUGGUUAGAUCGUUGGCUGUACUAAAGCCUUCCCCUUACUGCGUGGGUUCGAAUCCCACGGAGGCGCCGAGUUUUUCACAGUUGGACCAAUAUGAAUUAUUGAAAAUCUGCCAAAAUAUCUAUGAAUAACUUUUUUUCUGUUGACGGAACCCAUGAUGGCUGAGACUGUUCCUUUCGAAGACCACCUUUACGGCCAUAAGUUUUGCCUAAGCAUACCCCAUGUUAAAAGAAGAGGGGGUUUCCUCGCCGAACGCUUCCCUUCAUGCUGCUGGGGAAUUGGAUUUUCACCACUUUUUGGUGUGUCUGGUAGUCUCUAUAUGAGAAGGAAAAAUGUGUCGCAGUUUUGUUUUUGGGUCCUUGUGUUGUUUCGGGAUUUCUAUCGCCUAGAAACAUGCUGGGCAUAUUCAGAGGCCUACUUCCUCAUCGGACUCAGUUUCCCGUAGACCGUUUCAUUUGCAGGGAUCAAGUUUAAGGGUCCUGGUGAUCAUAUAUUUCUGGAGCUCAACCACUCAUUCCAUAACAUUUGAAGAGGUUGGGAAAUCUCGUUUGCAUGCUUGGAAACUUUCAUCCUCACCAUAUUGGUAGCAUUUGGAUUUCGUCAACUGUCUAUCACUCUCCACUUAGUUCCGGCUUUUCCGCUCUCCUGCAGCUAUUGUUAACCGGGUGACCUAUGAAGCGACAGCUGUCUAUCUUUCCACUUGUCAAUUCUAAAAUCAUCUUUCCAUUUACCUCGCUGGCGCCCCGUUGUAAACCCUCAAAGAUGUCUUCAAAGCCUGGGAAUUAUUCUGCCUGUCUGUACAGUCGAUCCGGUCUUGAAAUAUGUACAUGCACUGUCCUAACCCCUUACGCCUUAGUUCGCUUCUAUCACUCAAGACUAGGUUGCUGUCAGCUCAUCAACGCCCUUCCCUCCGCGGCAUCAUAUCUCGCGUGCCUUUCCUGAGGAGAUCAGUGCUAAUUCAGGAUGACGUCAAAUAUUUCAAUUUCAAUCUUCUCCUCUAAAUAACUUAUUACACCGUUUAGGCUAGAGAAGACAUACUGCCUUCAGAUAGUUUUAUUUUCGUUUAUUGUUACUGGACACAAUUAUUCACCGAAUCCUUUUGGAACUAGCCGUUCAAAUCGAUGACGUCCUUUAGAACUGUAGUCUUAUCCAGGACGUAAAAACCUCUUAAGACAGUUCCCUGUCGGGUUGUUUUAAUGGUCCAAACGUAAUGUCCCAAGAAAAAGUGUAAAAGGAAACAAAAAAUACAGGUUACAACAUAAAAAUGCGAUGCUCUUAAGAUGAUUAGUGAAAUCUUGACUUUUACAUUUCCGCUUACCGACACGUCAAAAAUCGGGUGGGGCAAUAUAUAAUCGAUUGUCGAUACAUCGACUUUCACGUGUAAAUGCGACUAAACGCGUUCUGAAGUGAACGGCGCGAUCUGAAUUCCAUUAAAUCAAUCUCUCCGAAGUAGGUCGCAUCUCAGGAAAUGUAUUCCCCGAAUUGCCUCACUGAUGUGGGCGAGCCAUUAGAAAGCAUUUAGAAUCACCUGCACCGAGAGAUAGAGAGAGUUUCAGGGGGAUACAUGUUAUAAUAUGCAUAUGCUUUUAUACUAAUGCAGGCUGUCGCACCUCCUCGGGUUUGCAAUUUUGUUUAGGUUUAUAAUGACCUUCCCUCCGCCUAUUCUGCGCCAACAAACUCGACGCAUCCCCCUUAAAUAUGAUUAUUUUGCACCAGCUUCCAUACUUUCAAUUACUGCGUCAAGUCUAGUACUUCCCGAUCAUAUUUUGGACUGUAGAUGCUCUUUUAUCUUUACUGUUCAUACCGUCACAUCGGUACCUUGCUCUAACGUCGUCAACUGAGUCAGUAUAUUGCCCUUAGUUUGAGGGUUUUCCUUCUAGUCCCCGUAACCUUCCCCACAUACCUAAUUUUCACUUCAAUUACACUGUUCUGAUUGAAUUUCGUUCGUGUUGAGGGUCACGACGGCGCGAUUCAGACCUUUGCCUGUCUGAUGUUGUUCGUUUGCUUGAUUAGGUAUGCGCAGCUGCACUCCUAGGCUCACACGAACACAUGCAAGUUGGGUUCCCACAGCUGCAUCCAUCUAGCCCCUUUCACACAUUCUGCUUCGACAGAGACUGUCGUGUGACAGGUUCCGGUUGCGGCUAGCCAUGACUCUCUCUGUGUGUGUGAAGUUUCGGGCGCGUGUGAUCGAAUAUUCUUUCGUGUUUUUGCGCCAGUAGACAUGUGGAAUUUAAAUGUAGGAUUGAGUGUUUGUAAAAUUGAUUGUGUAUUUUACAGGUUCAAUAUGCAUUCAUUAUGUGAGUAUAUGAUCUAAGGUUGGAGAUGCAAGCGAAGACUGAGUUAUAGUGUUUAGUAAGGCCGAAGCAGGCUGCUAGGGCUGACUGAUCAUCACCUACUAAGCUCACUGAGGCAACCGGAGAUUUAUCCUUUAGACCACUUGGAUGAGGAAAUACGCCAAACAAUUUAAAAAUCACAUUGCUAACUAAGUCCGUAUUCAGACAAAAUAUGUAUCCAGGCCUGGCGACAAAUCCAAAGAAAUGCAUGAUGAGGAGAACGGGAUAUCGAAACCCUCUGUAGUCAUCUCUGUGACACGAUCCACAGGAACGCAACUGAGGUAAGUGGAACCACGUGGUGGUGACAUUUGAGUCCAUUUGACGAGAACGACAGGUAGGUUUGACACCUGCUCUUUCAGGGGAGCAAGCAUCUCUGAAUCAGCCAGUAUGAAUCGUAAUGGAAAAGAAGUUUAUGACUGCUUGGACAAAAGUGCCAAAUGGACUGCCGACCUUAAGAUUGGCGUAGCCCAAAGCGUCUUGUCGCUGUCAGGGUGCCUGGUCCUCACCUUGGUGUGGCUCGUAAAAUUGUCGUUCCUAUAAUUCAUCCCCUACUCUGCCGCCAAUUUUUAAGUAGGCGUCUUUGUCGAGGCGAGAUGCCUCAACCUAUCACCCUGCGCAAGCCAGCAAGUCAUCAAGGCAGUUCUUGAAUUGCAUGGUCUUCGCGUUGUUUGCAGUGGUUUAAAGACGUCUUUUUUGCUUCUUCGCCGUAUCACCAUUCCUACACAAUUAUUCGAUUUUUCUACACUCAAAUUUACCUUCUGUCUUUAUGUGUGCGUAGUCUCUGUGCGAAUUACUCUGAUAAGCACCUUUGGAACAUUAAAACAAAACAGCUUAAUCUAAACUUACUUUAGUCUUCAUCAGACUCACUCUGCGAGUUCGAAAUAAUUAAAUAUUGGUUAUUUGUCCGAUGUUCAAGUGCGUCCUCCAAAGCAUUCAACAUUAAGUCGGGAGGUAAUUCGUUCGAUUCCAUCAACAGCACAAGUUUAUUAACGGUGUGAGUCCCAUAUUCCCUUGCCAUAAUACAACCGAAGUCUAGACUAGGUUGAUAAGGGGAAAACAUUACCCUACGGAAGCCGACCUAGAAGAGAUUUUAAUUUGGUUAGGGGUAUCAGACUUUGACUCUUAACUGGCUGGCAAUUAACAAUAGCUCCUAAAACCUUCCCGUCUUGUAAUAUCCGAGCCCUCAAACAAUAGAUUUUCAUGCCCCCACGUCUCAUACAACUGCGUUUGCAUUCGCAGUUGCUCCCCUCUACUCCAUGGACAUGCUAUCUCUUAGGUUGCUCUUACCCUUCUUUUCAAAAUUCACGUUAAUCUUGUCCAUUGGUAAAGUCAGAACUUACCUAAUUGAAGUCUCCACAAUGCAUCAUCAAACCUCUUUAUUUCUUAAUCUCAUUAACAACCGCAUAUACGGUUAAAGCGGAGUGGCAUGCACCUAUGAUAAAUUGUUAAGAAUAUCUAUCAAACCUGCAUUAUUUCAGCAAAAUGUCAGUAGAAGAACCUGCAUGAGGUUAGUCAUCAUAUUUUUAUCUAGAUUUCCUAGCCGUCAGGAGUUCGUCGUGGGGGAUGAAAGGACAGUAACAAAUGAAUAUGACUUGUCGUUUAUUCACCGCAUGUAGCUGCCUGUGUCCCCGGCUGGAAGCUGAGUCGCGCCAUCCGUCAGUGGGAAGAAGGGAAGCCAUGUGAAAACUCGAUCACUUGCAAGCAAGAGUCGCAUUUUAAGCGUUUGAAAAUGGUUCCUUUGAUUGAGAAGUGUCACCAACAAAAACUAAACACUCUAAAAUGAGUCUUCCUGUCUUUUUAACUGCCGUCGGCCAUUGCUACCGAAAUUCGUAGCCGUAGACGCACCUGAGGUAUUAACUCAGGUCAAGCAGGUCCUCAAGUGUUUUGGGUUCAGCGCCCUAUUUACCUGUGAUAUCAGGCGCACUCUCUGUCGAGUGACGUUGGUAAUAUUCAUAUCUACAUAAAAGUGACGUUGAACGAUCUACUUGCACAACGGAAACAGACAUUUCUGUACAACUGGCUGUUGACUGCCGAUAGCCUAGAUAUAGCAAUUAAAAUCCUUAAGCUUUGUUCAUGAGAUAUUAUUGGUCGGCGCGCGGCGGCCUGCAUGGGCUCUGGCCUCGGAGCUUCAAACAGAGGAAUUGCUCCUCGUCCUGACAUCAGGAAAGAUCUGUGAAUCCCGCCCGCAUAUGGCUUUACUCAGCCCACUUGCGGGAGGCACGUGGACGUGUGAAGAGUUGAAACGAUGCUAGAUAUACUUAUACUGCUACUCACUAAGCGGGUGGUGUGAAGGCAUUCAGCAACUCAUGACCUGUGCUUUUCACCUCCUCAAGUAAGGGUCUUGUUAGCGAGUUUGCCUUGCGGAGUUGUUUUCUAUUAUUCCAGGACUCUCUCCCUCAAUUUUAUUUUUGUUAAGUACUUCCUAUCUGUGCGUGCGUCUCAUACUAGGAAGCUCAAAGUAUUCCUUGUAGGAUUUGGACCAGUAGAUCAGGCUGGAAUAUUUUGCAUUGAAAGCCAUCAUUACUUUCUAACCUUCUUUGUCUUACUGAAGUAUCCAUAGUUUGUCCCAUUAUUAGUGAAUGGAAAGUGAGGAGGUGAAAUGUCCUUCCCCUUCCGCCUACUUUGUGGUGCACUUCUUGAGUUAUCCUGACAUGCAACCAUUGCCCCUUUGCCCCAAGCGUCUGCCUGGACAGUUCUUCAUAGACUUGCCUGAUUUGUUCAACGCCAACAUCUUGUGGUGUCUAUUUGCAGUCAAAUCGAUUCCCGCGAGCAUACUGGGGAAAUACCGCAUUACCGUGCCAACUGAACACUGUUCACUAACUGGCUUGGCAUCUACUGCACUCUCUCCUCUUCCCUCUCCUUGAGCUCAGUGUCAAGAUAUAGUCAAUAAGACCGAAGGAGGGAGAGAACGCAUGUAACUGGCGCUGCUGGACCCACACGCAGGUUUGCCACCACACCCCCUGGUCCACAACAAGUACUUGACCGGGAUUUUAAUCAACAGCAAAAAUGGGUCAGAAAGAGGGGGAUGACACAAGUCACUGGGCAACCAUGCACAGGGCCUGUAUACCCAUGGGGAGCGCACAUGCAUCCACCGACAGGCAAUCAGGUGCCAGAGAACUGCCAGCGUACACCAGGCUGCGAGGGCCAAGGUUUGCUAAAGCGCGGCAUAGAAUCCGCGCACAAUCCUUAAAGCCCACAAGCGUGAGACGCACCCCUGCAUUUAGCCUAGGCCGUUAGCCUCCAAAGGUCGGUUUCCUAGCACUGCAGUCUAAAACGUUUGUUAUGCAAACUUUUCCCACUCUUACGUCGUCCAAAGUCAUCAUCAGUACUUUCGUGCAUCAACAUACACGCCAACCUCAUUCAUCGACAGAGGUCCUAUAAUGGUGCAUGAAAAGUUCUAUCACGAAACCUCCUCACUCUUAGUUGAGCUCUCAGAUACUCGUGAUGAGAAUGAUGACUGAACUUUCUUUUUAAUCUCCAGGCCCGUCUCCUCUCAGCGACGGCCACCGGUCUCCUUUUGCCGCUGUCCCUUAGAGUGAAACCUCUGAGCUCCUCCUUUCUCCUCAUCGGUAUGAAAGCAGGCACCCCAGCAGCUUGUCGUAGACUUCUGAGCAGCCGGCGUUUCAUCUCCAGUCUUGUGAGACAUUUAGAGAGUCCUCACGUCAUGUUACGUGCCAAGGCCUAUCUUCUGGCUGCCGCUGCGCUGGACGUCAGUCCUGGCGGAGUCUUGCCCACCGCCUGCGAGUCGCGACUGCCCUCCUGCCUGGAACGUGAUCUUCGGAUGACCAAUCAGCACAGCCCACAAGUACUCCCGCUGAUGACGCCCACACCGGCGACCGCGGCCGAGACUGAAGUCUGUGUCGGUGAGCCUGCUCCAAUGCAGAUGAAUAUGGCCAACACACAUCGGACGCCCUCUGUACAUCACGCACCUGAUCUCCAAUAUCUUGGCUUUUGUUGCCGACAUUUAGCCGACUUUUUGAUAGAUCAUCUGGUGCCGAAAAUAUGUGAACAGGUGAGUACUCGCUUGGUCCUUGUUCUCAGAUGCAUUAAGUGUCGGCAGCUGCAACACUGGUUAUCCGCUCUUACGUGUACGGCAGAGCAUUUUCAAAAGCCGUUUCUCUUACCCCUUCUAGAACGUUCACCAUGGUUGGUGGCAAAUGUGCUCGGGGGUACUGUUUCCUCGUGAUAGGGGAUCUCUGCUCUUACUGGCAAUCGAAAAUUAGGUUGUCCAUACUUUUCCGAAAUUCAGACAGAUGUCUAGGAUCGAGAGGAUCGCAUUUCACGAACGAUUUACCUUGGUCUGAUUGUGGGACUUCCCACCGAGGGAGGGAACCGACGUCCUAUACUGUUGUUUAUUCGAAAAUGAAAGUGCCGUCGGCAAAAAGACACUCGAAGACGUAUUCUUUCAGCGUCACAGCGUAUAGAAGCAGGCAGGUUUGAAAUUUUGCAUUGUGACAACGAGAGCUCGUGGCCAUCCUGGGGCAAGGACAAGUGAAAGGGGCUCCGUACUGGUGGCGACUACCCUUCAUUUUAGAUUUGUAAGAGCGAUAGAGAAGUCGACUUUGUUUUGAAACAAGCGAGGGACAAAGUAUCUAAACAAAGGUAUUAGUAGUUAUUGUAUCAAUCCGAAUCUUAGUCUAUCUGUUGCGGACUUGCAUACAGUCGAUUUGCAAUGAACAUGGUGCAGAAUAAAAUUCCCAUACUCCUCAGGAUCGAUGAAUGGCAUGAUGAACAAAGUUCCUCUAAAACAUUCACUGAUCCCGCAAAAAAUUUGUCCUCCCAGUUGUGAGAAUUAAAUGCACUUUUGGAAGAAAUAUUUAUGUCUAUGAGACUGGUAAGCAAGUCCGGACGAGGACGCAUGAAUACGGGCUUGCUGUAAAGAGGAAUGGUUAGCUGACCUUGGUGGCCGCCCGCAUGCCUUUCCCAGGGUAUAAUUUCGCUGUCGAUGUCAUAGGGAUCCUCGGCAAGUCAGUUGACCAAUUCUUACGUCAAAUUCAUGAAACGUAGCGUUCCAGGACUCGGUCAACAGCUAUUCUGAUAUAUCAUUCAUCUACGAACCGUUGAGGGGAAAAAUCAAUAGCUCGACAGAAAGUAGUUUUCCGGUCAAAGUGGGUUAAAUAUUGAUGAGGACGCGCGGGUACAGCAUAUAUAAUAAUUCACGCGAUAGUUCGACCGUCGUUCCCCGACGAUGUCCACCGUGUGCUCCACAACAAGGUGAAGCAGGCACGGCGGCUUGCGCAAGAUUUAUUUUAUAGUGGAUGUAGACUUUCGCAGCGUCUCCCGCACUCUCACCUCCCCCCCACUUGGACCCGGUGGCAAGACAGAGUAAAGAAGACCCAAAGUGGGGAAGGGCGCAGGUUGAUGGCACGGUCGAGCCCGCACGUUGGCGCUCCACUCCACACCCCCUGGUCCACACAGCAAGUGAUCUGAUUUUUGGCCAACAACAGCAAUGGGGGACGGCGGUAGGCCACAUUAGGAGGAAGUCAUUGCAGCCGGAUUUUUAGAACACCAGUCGGCCGCUCCACACACAUACGCGACGCUGGGUGACUGCGAGAUCCAAGUUAUCCCGUUAGUUGGCAACCUUCCAAGCCACGGCUUCUUGCGUACCGUGAUAGCUUCAAGCGCACACACUGGCAACAGCACCAACCUCAACACGCGCACACGAGAGGAUUACUGCCAUCUGUUUGCCGCCCCGUCUCCUAUCUGGACAAUUUGUCUAAACGUGCCACACACGACCUGGUUCCUUACUCCAAAUUCGCCCAGUGUCCUUCCGGAGGAAGAGCCAGGAUCUCAUGCAAGUGAGUGUCAUAAAGGUCACGAUAAGAAUUAGCCAUUGCAGCCUGACGUCCAGUCCUGGGUAGGUUUGGACUAGUCCAUCGGUUUGCAGUCAUGCAAACGUAUCUGUUGGCAGGUCAUGGUGGUUUCAAAGUGCGUUCGACUGUAAAUUGAGGGCAAGAGCCAAUAAGCACAAACAGCUAACUUGAAGACAUCACCAAUGUGCUCAUAGGCCUUUAAGAUCUCACCAGGUACUAUUCCCCCUUCUCCAUCCGACCAAUUAAAACCCAGCAAGCGCUCCGUUAUGAGACCCCUCCGCUGUUUUUGAGCAAACGAAUUGCUGUACUGCGAAGAAGGCAGAUACAAGCAACCUCACGGUUUCUAUCUACCGUGAGUGCGCGCUGACCACUUCCUGCCGCGAGAGGUUUAUCUACCUAACCCGUGACCCAGUGACCGGUGUCAUGAGUCGGUCGCCCACUGAAGAGAGGCUAUUAAUCCUCCUUCUCGCGGGCCGUAACUUAAAAUCUCGGACGCAAUCAAUUCUUCCAUCAUUUUCGUCCUGACCUUUUUAUCUUUAAUUUCGCCCUCAAUUGUGCAUUCUUGUAUUUGCAUAGCUUUGGCACGAUUACCCGUGUGGCCUUGAGGAGACUGAUUUGAUUCAAACUCUUUAGGUCGCGAUUUCUAUCGGUGUCGCACGUCUGCCAAAAUCCUCCUCUCAACAGAAGCUUUCCUCUACUACGGGAUCAUCUUUGAGGUCUAACACUAAAUAUGUGAAACCCCAGUCUGCCAUUCGUCGCCCCUCCAUUGCAUCUCCUGGCGGAACAGCGCAUACCGUCUCGUCCGGUGUCUCUUUGCGAACGUGGCUGCCAGCCUACUCUUGCAUUCCUGCCAUUCUGGCGUCUUCGCUGUCCGUACGCAGUGGUCUCCUUCUUCCAUCUCCUGACAAACCCGCCAAUAGGUUCUGUCUUCUUGUAUUUGUCGGGAGGUUGUUGGAGCAUUGGACUUCCAAUGAUCCUGUCACUGCGGCUGGUACGUCUGCUCUAACCCGUCUCCUGUUUUUUUUGCAAAAGCUUCAUGAUAUGGUAGAGGGGUGCGCACAGUUCGCGUUACGGAACUCACUCGUCCCAUUCUGCCUUGGGGUUUUUUUUUCUCGAUCCCCGGCAGUAUCCGCGUAGCGGCGCGUAAUAUGGACAGAAUAGCAUUAUCGACCGAGACAAGGCGAACUGAAAUGGUCAUUUCUGGCUUUUUAACCGCCAUCAGCCAGCCAUAACCUACCUCGAGGUAUGAAGUCCCCUAGACUCGAACUCGUGGCCUGUUAGCUAAAGUUUAACGUUCGAACCGUUGAGCCACAGGCUCAUAGUGCUGUCGGUUGCGAUUGGGUACAUUGACAAUGGCUGAGGGGCGCGCACCGAUCGCAUUACGAAACUCGGGAUAUCUUGAUAUGACAAAGCUGUUAGUCAGAUCCUGACUUAAGCAGGCCUAAAGCAUCUUUGCCAAUUAUGACCUUAUUCUUCCCCGGAUGGGAGAGUAGGCGAAUUCACGUCGUUGGUUAGGGCUGCUGCCAGGAAUGAGUCCGGUCGGGCGCAACAGCGAAACAGUACUGGACAAUUCUCCUCGAUUUGUAACUCGACUUCUUGAUGUGAUGUGACAGGAUAAGAAGCCAUUUCAACAUUCGACCGAUCGUUUGGCUCUUCGCCAGUGGUAAAUACAAACAGCGAACCCUUUUUAUUAUACCUGGACUGACUUAGCACAUUUGCCAUUUGUCAUAAAUGUCUUCGUCGUUGCCCUUGCGCUGUUCACACAGUGCUUAGACUUAACCCCUUUUAAUGCUCUCUAAAUACUUACAUUAUGUCCACCGACGAUGUCCACUGUGUGCUCCACAGCAAGGUGAGAGCAGGCACGGCGAUUUCCGCAUGCAUUACCUUCUAUUGGGAAUAGCCUUGCGUAGCAUCUACCGCACUCUCUCAUCCUCCCUCACCUGGGCCACGUGUCAAGACAGAGUCCAAAAGACCGGAGACCGGAGGGAACGCAGGUGGGUGGCGUGACCGGACCCGCGCCCAGACGUACCACCUAACACCCCCUGAUCCAAAACAAACGCUUGAACUGGAGGUUAACCCACAACAAAAACAGAAAACGAGAAGGACUACGCAACUAUGCGCACGACCUGUAUACUCAGCGGGAGCUCAAACGCAUCUCCCGGCAGGGAAUCAGGUGCCAAAGAUCUGCUGACGCGCACUAAUCUGCGAGGGUCAUGGCUUGCUGAUCGUGGCAUAGCAGACGCUUACAGACCUUAAGGCCCUAUAUUGGUGCACAGAAUCGUAUUGAGCCAUGAGAAUGAUCGCUGCUCGUCUUUUUGACGAGUUUGUGCUUAAUGGUUUAAUUAAUAGUCUAAUCCACUCUAGCAAAAGUUGAUCAAUCUCGUCAGGAAUAACAGCACCACCGGGUAAGUCUUCAAACUGGCCAAGCGUGCUUACUGACAAUGUCUCUAUCCUCAUGGAUGCUACUUUAUUCGGUAAGCCGUAGCGAGAUUUGUUGUGCGGUCAACUGAGCAUCCACACCCUGGAGCCUUGAGUAGUACGAUUUGGAUCGCUCACUGAUCUGUAGAUGUUUGGUAAUGCGUCUUUGGGUAUGCCUCCGUCCUUAUUAAAUAAACCACCCAAUUCAGUACCGCCGGAAGAGACAUUAGCGUUCAUCUGACCGUGUUUGGCGCGUGACGUUCCGAGCGGCAAUUUUGUCAUUGACAUAAUAUCACUGCUGUUGCAAUCAGUGGCGCUGUCGUCCUUGACGUGUUCCGCUGACGUGCGGUUUCUGCUUGCGCCGACAUUGCUCCAUGUGCCCUUCUAAGCGUGUAAAUUAGCUCAUCCGUUUUUACGAUACUAUCGAUCCGGGGUCGCCUGCGCGUUAACGUUCGCACGCGCUCCAGGUACAUUACUGACGCAACAGAUCGCCUUUUCAUGUCGCACUCUCUUGCACUCACACCUGUUUAACCAAUCAACAGCGCUAUGCACCCACGUGUGUGCGCUCUAGCGCAUAGUGCAUGCAAAAAAUGUGUCUAUACUUUUUCUGACUGCGCCGUUGACGGGGGAUGACAUGUCAAAGGUCCCAUUUUAUCACACAAGGUCUCCUCAAUUGUCGUGCCGAUCUGUUAUACUAGCAGCCAAUCGACUGUAUGCACAGUGCUCAGUUACACCUAGAUCCGAGCUCCUGGCUCGGAUGUUUUUCACAAAAUGUACUUUAGCAUUUAAUCAAGGAAUAUGUGGGAACUUGCACGUUCCUGUUCAUUAAUCGCCCUAGUUGUUUAUGUUGACUGUUUCUAAUAAAAACGGCAGAUAUUUACUGUCUCUAAAAAUUAAAGGUUUUCUAACAGCGCCACAGCUAACAAUUUCUUUUAUUAUCAAAACGUUUGCCGUUUCAGUAUGUGUAGAGCUCUUCUGCCAACGUUUUUCGCACGUUCUUCUAGAAUAAAACUUAACCUGCUUGCGUGUUGCAGACUGACGACAUGCGUUGGCGUAUUUUAUGAGGUGCUUUCCAGUCCCCCUAGAGACUGAUAUACUCAGAGGAUUUUAAUAUGCAUUCGGCCCUAACUGUCUGACUGUUAGGUUGCGUUGCUACAAUCUCAAAGGGGAGUUGAUUUGUUACUUCACGAACUUAAAUUUUCGCUUUGUGAAUUCACCCAUACCUCUGACAGCGGACUCAUUCAUCACUCUAAAAGCCCAAGUUAAUCAAUUACUCCUCUCAGGGCUUGAUACUACAUUCUAGCCUUUCGUUUAUCUGCUUUGUUUAGUUUCAGGAAAAUUAAUACGCAAAAUUGGAAUAAAUUCUUCAAUGCAAAGCUCUUUUCGUCCCUGUCCGAGAGUUUACACAUAAAUACUUGAGCUAACAUACAUCCGCUGCUGUGAAAUAACUGCGUAAUACUCACAAGCUGCUAACGGCCAGUUAGUAGUAUGAAAAUGCUAAAUGGAUUACCAUAUUGACAGCACAGGUACUAUUUAACAGUUUCACCAUCAGGACUGACGAUGUCCACCAUUUGCUCACAGCAGGGUGAGAGUAGGGACGGUGGUUUGCGCAUAAGUUAGUUUAAAGUGAUAGUAGGCCUUCUCAGCACCUACCGCAUACUGUCUUCCGUCCCCAUCUGGAUCCGAUGUCAAGGCACCCAAGAACACCGGAGGCGGGAGUGGUCCGCGCCCAAAGGACCAGAAUUUCAUUAAGAAAAAACGGGAGUGGCUUGAAUCCCAACAGAGUGGGAAUGCCAUAAAGGAUACAUGGAGGAAUCAUUGCAGUCUGACUAAGUCAACCAGUUGGCCACUCCACACACACACACACACAUGCCAGUUCGACCGUCGUUGCCGACGAUUUCAACCGUGUACUCCACAACAAGGUGAAGCAGGAACGGCGACUUGUUCAAGAUUUAGUUUAUAGUGAAUGUAAACUUUCGCAGCGUCUUCCGCACUCUCCCCUCCCUCCCCCACUUUUAUCCUGUGUCAAGACGGAGUAAAGAAAACCCACGGUGAGGGAGGGCGCAGGUUGAUGGCACGGUCGAGCCCGCACGUUGGCGCUCCACUCAACACCCAUGCUGUCACCCUCGGUUCGGAUCCCACGGAGUGGGAGUGCCAUAAAGGCCAUAUUAAGAGGGCGUCAUUGCGGCCUGACUCUUAGACAACCGGUCGGCCGCUCCACACACACAUACACGACACUGGGCGACUGCGAGAUGCAAAUUAUCCCAUCGGUUGGCAACCUUCCAAGCCACGUCUUUUAGCGUACCGUGAUAGCUUCAAGGUGUCAGGUUGUUUCUAGUAAAGCAAAUGUGCUGAGCCGUCGACCGCACUCUCCGUCCCUAUUCCCGGAUCCCAGUCACUGUCCCAGCCAGUCGGUUGACAAGUGCGGGUAAUGGGUGUCCUUGUCUGCGCGCGCUGUAUGCACGACCUGCCCCCCCCCCCCAAACACAACCAUCAGGAUUUCACACAGCUGGAGUUGGGCGGCAUACAUCUCACAUGCGUGAGAGUGUCGUAGGUCAUGUUAGGAAGAAACAUGGCUCUCAGCCCGCCAGUCCACCACUCCACACAAACAUACAGACAACAGGACUGACUGCGUGGGCCGAGUUGGGGCGUCAGUCAGCAGCCUCCCAGGCCACGGCGCUUGAUGAAACGUGAUAGUCUCAGACUCAAAUCAUACAAGAAGCAGAAGAGCCGCAUAGAGACGGAGCCGAGACGCACACUUCCCUCUUGCGUGGGAGGUGACAGUUGGAUGCUUGUGGUGGGUGAUGAUGUUAUGGUGCGGUGUAGCCGACGUUUGUCUACCGCAGGUUACCGUGAAUACGCAUGUAGCCUAAUAGGCCCAUGCGGUGAAUGAAUGUGCGGAUGCUGUGAUGGCAGUUGAAACGGAUACGUCGGGUUUUUGCCCCAGGAACUGGCUCGCCAAUCUCUGUGCAAUGGAAUUGCAAGUGACCGAUCAGACCGAUGUGUGAGAUGAAGGUGCGAUCGCAAUGAGGACAGGUAUGGACCGAGUCCACAUUGCUGGUUUUGGCGGUGGUGAGAUUGGUGUAUGUCGGGGUGUUAGCAUUGAUUGCAGUGACGGUGGGUGCAUGAGCCGUCGCAGCGGAUGUUGAGGCGACGGAGGAGGAUGGCGGUUGGGGUUCAGGAGUGCGGUCAGCAUUAAUUAUCGGCCAGGGGCGAGGUAGAGGUGAACGGGGAGACAUCUGGUGGUGUCGCCCGGGUGCUGCAGUUGGUAAAAAAUUCCAAUGAGACCGAUUGGUGCCCGGAACGUCUGCUGGCAUCGGGGGCGGUUGAUUGUUGGCGUUACGAGGCGGAGGCAGUUGAGAUUUACGAGCUUCGCGUCUGGCUUCGACGGUGAUGAUGCGGUUGGUCUCGUAGAUCCGUGCGCCGUUCUUCACUGCUUUCUACUAGGUCGGUUAGUCCCGGGCAAGGUAUUCCCACUUGACCGGGUCGAUUUGCAGGCGCCUCAGGGAAGUAUUCAGUGUAUCCUUGUAGAGCCAGACUUGACCUGCUUAUCGGCAAGAACUCGUUGCGACAUCUCCACAGAAGAAUCGUUUGGGCAACCGCUCUUCGUCCAUGCACACGAGAUGGUCGCUUCAGCGCAGUUGCAGUUGCCUCAGCAGGACGUAGAUGAUGAGGAUUCCCAUCCGUUCCAGUAUGUCUGUGUCUGGUAUCCGGUCCUGCCACCUCAGCUUCAGUAUCCGUCGGAGACAGCUAAGGUAGACGUGGUUGAGUCAUCGUGCCUGAUUCUUGUACACCGUCCAAGUCUCCGCUCCAUAUAGCAGCGUCGGCAGGAUGACCGCUUUGUACAUCCUUAGUUUGAUGCCAAUGUGGAGACCGUGUCGAUUCCAGACCGUGUUUCGCAAACGUUCAAAGGCUUGGCUGGCCUUGGAAUUCCGGCGGGUCACCUCAUCGUCGAUUUUGGUGCUGCCCAGGUAGGUGAAUUUGUCCACGGCUUGUAGUUGGGCGCUGCUCACAUUGAUUUGAGGUGCGACAUAGGCAGCGUCGGGUGGCGGUUGAUGCAUAACCACCGUCUUCUCCCUGUUGAUGAUGAGGCCGAAGUUGCCGCAGGCGGCAUCGAAGAGGUCUAUGCUCCUCUGCAUGUCCCCUUCAGAGGUGACGUUAAGAGCGCAGUCGUAGACGAAGAGAAGUUCGUGGACGGAAGUUGCGGAUACACGAGACUGGAAGUGCAUCCGCCGGUGGUUGGGGAGUUGGCCUUCCGUCCUGUAGGCAACACAGAUCCGAGGGCGCUCGAUAGGCGUCCAUUUUAAUGGCAGAGAGCAGGAGGCUAAAGAGGGUAGGCACAAGGACGCAGCCCCGCUUCACUCCGUUAGUCACUGCAAAUUUCCCUGGAACGACUCUAUUGUCCGUGACGCCCGUCGCCAUGCCAUCGUGGAGCUGACGCACCAUCUGAGUAAAUUACUCGGGACAGACGAAUUCCUGCAUGAUUUUCCACAUUCCUUCGCGAUUAACCGUGUCGAAGGCUUUCGUCAGAUCCAUGAAGGUAUAUGAGAGGUGGUUGCGCACCUCCCGACACUUCUCCUGCAGUUGGCUUUCCGGUAGGAGGUUUUGUUCCAGAUGGUUUUUUAGACGGUUGAAAAAGAUACGAGCGAAGAUUUUCCCGGCGAAGUUCAGCAGGAGGAUACGUCGGCGGUUUUCGCAGAAUUGACGGUUCCCAUUCCACUUGUAGAGGUGGACGAUUGUGGCGUCUUUGAAAUCCUGGUGGACUUGUCUUUGACACCACAUCUUCUGGAAGAACGCCGUCUGGUGUUCCGUAAAUCCAGGGCCACCGUGUUUGUAGAUCUCAGCAGGGAUUGCGUCCGAUCGGGGUAGUUUCCCGCCCACACACAUGCACACGAGGCUGUCUGCGAGGUCGGAGUUAAGUCGUUGAUUAGCAACCCUCCAGGCAACGGUUUUUGGCGCACCGCGAUGGUCUCAACGCGUUAGAUUGUUUUAGUGAGGAAAUUACGUUAAGAGUCUACCUCCUUCUCUCUUCCCUUUCCCGUGCAUCAGUCGGCCGUCCGAUCCGGUCAACGAAAUAAUACUGCUAUUGGCAGAGGCUGCCAACAAGGCUGAGAACAGUCCGUCUACGCUUACCGCUCACACGCCCCAGUCCCCCGCACAUUACGCCAAGAUUUCACAUGAAGAGUGCGGUCUCUUGGGGUCUUACAUGUAACAGGGGGGCUACAUACAGGAUCCGAGAUACACACUUCCCACCUACGUGAGAGGUGCCUUAGAAAACACGGGUAUGACAUGGAGGAAGAGCGAAAACUGAAGAUAUUUGAUCACCACUGCUUGAGGACCAUCCUUCAAAUGAAGUACACCGACUUCGUCUCAAAUUAGACAGUCCGCGCUCGCUGCGACAACAUCGCAAAGACAACUGAGGCCAUCCAAGAAAAACGACUGAGGUGGUUUGUACAUGUUCUUCGUCGUCCACCUCAGGAGCUCAGUCCUACUGCCCUCGAUCCAGCACCGUUGCCCCACUGGAGGCGUCAAAGAGGGGGUCAGCUCAAAACCUGGCUCGACACAGUUUGACAACACAUGGAGGUAAUUCCUUGACCUUCGAUAUUCGGUCUACGUCGUUAGCGGAGAGAAUGGCUUGAUCUGUCCAGAUUUGCUGCCGCGGAUCGUCACGCUUGGACAUCACCGAGGCCGGCUAGAUCAGACAUGAUCGCAGUCGUAUCAAGCAAGCGUAUAGCACGCGUUAGACCGAAGUUUCACGUCUCGUCAUUUGCAAUGUCAAACCGAACUCGGCCGUACCUCUAGUAAAUUUUGGGAGACAAAAGGAUGGGGCCGAUCGGGCAUGCGCUCCCCCCGUACUAUCCUUUCCUCAUUUUCUCAAAUCCGUUGAACUUUUAAAUUAUCAUGACACGCAAAGCAGAGGGUUUUUGAAAACGGUGUAACCCAAUCCCUCUCCAGAUGGCAGAUGGUGCUGCAGUUGCUCCUUCUUAAUAUGACUUUUCUAGCGCCCUGCCUUUUCUAAAAAAAAAUCGGAGCAUUUGUGGCUCAUUUCGUGUACGUGACAUGCGUGGAUGUGGGUUUUGUCACGUCAGCCACUCUGCAAACGCCUUUUUCUAGACGUCUUGAUCUGGUCUUUCUAGUGAAACAGUGAAUGUGACAAAAGACACGUAGGCAGGUAUGGCAAAACUCUCUUGAUGUAAAUCAUUGCUAAUUUCCCAGUCACUACCCUCGUUAAUGACGAUGGACGGUCUGCCAUAUUCGCUUACCCUACUCGCCAGUCUAAUUUGCGUCCUCUUACCUACAUUUACUCGGAUUAAUAGCGUCACACUUAACCGAUCAGUGCCAUACUCUACCUAUGCAGGAACCUAGUAUUCGUAGCUUAUUUGCGACAAGGUGGCGAGUCUGUCACAGUCUUAAUGACUUAGACCUUAUUUUUUGUUUAGGACCUGCUUUUUAAUAUAGUGUCGCGUUUUUGACAGUUCUGCUUUCAGGGCCUCAUGCAUAAAAUUAGCAGGUUUUGGGGUGGAUUUCGUUCGACAUUGCCUGGUCGGGGGGAGCGUACCAGUCGACAUCGUGUAUACUGUGUCAGAGUAAACUAAUUUAAAGUACAACGGAAGGUCUUAUUUGAAAACUAUCAGUUGCUGCGCCAACUCUGGGUUUUUUGAUGAGCAGUUUUCAAGCAGCAAUGUGUAUGUACACUACACUGUCAGUUGCAGUGCUUUCAGGCAUUUCGCCAAGACACUCAUGUUUUUCAACAGCAAUCAUCAUUUAGUGUCCGGAAUUCAUACAGUGUUUCGCACCACGCGAAACAGUCAUUUGAAACAGCCGUAUUCAGUUGUGUCAUGAUGGUUAUUGUGAAAAGUACUUUUCAGCUUUUGGAAUUAGUUCCAAUCAGCCCGCUUUCUCACUUUUAUCCAGGGUUAAUGGUUCGGUUAACUUUGUUAACAAGAUGUGGGAAAUCAAUGAUAGAACAUUCGAAAAAUCUUUGAUGAAACAAAGCUGAACUGCCCGGAUUCCACAUUCGCCCCUUGUCACUGAUUCAGUAUAAAAGGGGCUUACGACUCGGGGCCAAAAUACAUGGUUUCCUAUGGUUAACACUUCCUCCUCGAAAUUGCUUCUUGCAGAGGCUCUUAAAUGACCAUCUGCCUUUGGUUCUGGCAUAUUCGAUUCAUACUUUCGGCACAGGACAUAAGUCGUAAUUAACAGACUUUUUAUUAGAAUCCUGCUAUUUUGCUAUUAUGACUUCUUGAGAGUUCGCAUUUCUUAGGCAGCCGACUCCUGGUAUAGCCGUUUAUCUAAUCUCCUGAACUGAGCCAAUUUCCCUGAAUUCAUUAUUUAAAAUGCCACGUAGUGAGGGGUUAUCGGGGAAGGAUGUCCUACCCCUCGUGACCCUGAUUUAUAAUUCUUCAAUUUAAGAUUCUUCUGUUCGCAAACAAAACGCUGAAUUUUGCUUUCUACUCAACAGCAGCCACAUGCAUAGGGGCAUGGCUUACUUGCGUCAUGUUUUCUUGUCGGAACGGCGGGCUAAUCUCUGGCAAGAUACCUCAAUUAGAACUUAGCUUCGAGCAAAGCGGUGCUGUUGUCAUGGCCUGUCACCAGUUGGGAGUGGGAUUUAACUUUCUUAAUCAGGCCAGCCCCUUAGGAACCCGGGGCAGUGAGUAAUGAGGACUGCGAAAACUCCGAUGGUACCACCUUGUGUGCGUCAGCAAUGACCAGUAAUGCAGUGUGUCGGACGCAUAAUAACGGAUGUUUGGGUCGUUUGUUUGCUGGCGUCGCUAAGGCGACAUAUUAGCGAAUCAGUGGGUGACACAUGCUCGCCAACGCAACCUUUUCCGCGUGCUUGCGUCUCUAUGAGAUUCUGUGUAUCUCUGCUCUCUUCACCCAAAUGAAUGAGUCAUCGGCAGGACUCCAUUGCAUCUCCCAACACUCCUUUGUCAGACUGCAAGAACGCAGGUUUCUUCCGUUUAUGACUGCUGCUAGAGUUUUUGCUGACUCUAACGUCUUAAAAUUUCCGAAACUUUGUCGCACUAGAUGAGUUCUGAAUGCUGGAACUGCCAGAAUGCCCAACCUAUGUGUGUUGGUAGAUAAAAUUCAGACCGAUGUCUUUCGAGUUCAAUUGAAUCAGUUGUUUGGACGUCCGUGCCUGGAAAGCUGAUUCGGUCCGUUAAUGGCGUUACAUCGAGAAUUCAGUGCUCAUUUCACUUAUCUGAAAACGUUUUAAGGAUGUCUAAGCUUCUCCAUGUCCAAUAUAUUGGGCUGCUUUAGGCAUAAUGAGCAAUGUCAAAUCGCAUUUAGAAGUAAGGAAGAAACAACAAUUGCACAGCAAUUGUGCUGCAGUUCCAGCAAGCAGUGAGCGCGGGCAUGUGCUAACAAACCCAAGGCUUGUAUCUGUGGUCAGCUGGUAGGAAAGCCUGUCAGUCAGCGCUACCAAACUAAUUAAUCCCUUAACUUGGGUCGUCGAUUCGUAGGUGCUUGGCUUGACUGGUCGUGCUUUGCCCACCCGAAGCGACGAGCAUUGCCGUGACGGCCUCCACCAGGUGAAAGACUGACUAGUGGAGGUCUAAAACCUACCUUGUUGCAUGUAACCAUCAUAUGUUUGACUUGGUACAACGGCGCCACAUGUUCCUACACCUCACGGUCCCCAUUUUGCAUGCUUACAUUAUUUUCAUAUAAGCCUCUUUUUGCCUCUCUCUCAUUUUGAAGUAACUGUUUUUGUUAAUGCAGCCGGCAUUUCUGGCGUUCAUCAGCCAGGAAGCCUAGAGAAUCAGGUGCUUCUCACGACACUGGCUAUCAUCGAAGACAUGAGCCAACUGGAGGAUCUUGUGGAAACAAGGAGACCUGAUCUGCUGAAACAUAUCCUGCCUGGUCUGGCUCGCCUUGCACUCGCACCAGCUUCAUCUCCCGAGACCCGUGCUACCUGCGUCAAGGUAUUCCGCGGUUUAAUACCAUUCCCACUCUCUGCUAACUUAUUUUAACCUCCUCGUGUUGCCUUUUCACGGUGCGAUUUGCAGCCUCGUUGCAGUGUCUUCUGUCUUAUAGAAAUAUCGCAGCUUACCUUUAUGGUGUCGAAAGUCUUUCAGUCUCUUCGAAUGCAGUGAAGCAACUGCUACCUGCGGCCUUUCGGAUUUAAUUUUGACUAUGCCUUUUAACCUUGUUUUCUAUGAAAAUGUGCCGCGCAUCCUCUUUAUUAGCGCUGAUGAGUUCUCCAUCACAGAAUAUAAGUAGUGUUGGGCGUGGCAGUACUAAGAGAUGUGUGCCACAUACUCGGGCUCAUUACUAAUAGCAUCUUCUUUGUACUCACCAUCCUUUACGGAGAGAAUUUUCAUCUAGUCUAGGAUUUUUAUCCCUGAGUCCAUAGUCUCGAGUCUGUGCUUUUUGUCCUUUGUCAGUUUUUUGUUUUUUCUAUUAAUGCUGAGAUAUUUGAGGUCAUAGCAAUCAUGGAACUCCUUUUUACUGAUGCCAUUGGUAAGUAGUCAAUCCCAACUUCGCCGACUUCAUUCUGCUGCAUCGUUUUUACUAAAACUGCAGAGUUAGGCAAAAGGGAAGUUUUGGUGCCGUUACUGGUAAGCUCUGUCUUAUCUCUAACCUUUAUGACACACUAUCGGCUCGGUGAAUUUGACACUGACUUAUAUCACAAAUCACGGUGACCAUAUCGCCUCGCACGGCAGUUAAUGGCCACUUCAUCCAGAUUUGAUGGUUUCUUAUUCCCAUUUCAUCGUCUCCAGUGUGCAUUUACUUGCCUGUUCCAACUAUGUCCUGCCAGAUUUCUGCUGUCAACAGGUAUCCCUUGUAAACUGUCUUUUUCCUUCUUAAAGUGUCUGUUUUCUUGUUUUGUUUGAGGAUAAGCUUUGCAAUAACUGCUGACUGACUGUCUUCUGCCCGCAGAUCAUAUUUGAUCUGCGAAACAGGUGGCUCGGUGAGUCGGACUCAAUGUACACCUCAAACGUCAGCCUGAAUAUAGGUAGGACGACGCCACGUCCUUAUCUGCCCAGCGAAAGCUCCGCUUGCGCGACCCCCUCCCCUCGUGGCAGUGGUCCCCGUUCCCUCUGCGGCUCUACUCGGUCCAGUCGGGUCACUAGCCGUCCGAACAGCCGGCCGACCAGCUUCUACGUAAAAGGCUCCUCCAAGGGUGAGGCUCGACGCUACCGAGUGACACCAACCCAGAAGGGUAUUCAGGGUCCCUCUCCGGAGGUUCUGCUUGAGUUGAUGGAUAUCGUUAAUAGCCUGACUGUCCCGGAGGUGAGGCCUCUUCUGUCCACCCUAUUUCUAAUGUACCCUUGGCUCCAUCCUUCUGUUUACCCUCCAAGCUGUCUCUUUUUAAUCAAGUCAGAUUAUUACUUGGGGAGCAAAAUCGAUUUUUAAAUCUUAAUUGCAAUCGUAUUUGCUUCUCCCAGACUUUGUCCCUUUUCAACAUGCUAAAAGUGGUUCACGUUAAAUGUAUCUGUAAUCUCGAGUUGGACAAAAAGAUUGUGAAAAGGUCCCCUCUAAAGGGGUCCUGGUCCGCAAUCUACCUCGCGUAAAUUGCGAGAAAGGGCGAACAAUCUGACUGAGGAAUACACUGGUCCGUUUUGGAGAUUGUGUGGCUCUUUAGAUGACGAAUAGGACCUGAACAUGUUAACCAUUUGUCAGAUGUUGAGAGUGAAAGAGGGAAAGGUUAUUAUAAGUGGAUCAUGCGUUUUUUGGUUCAACUCAGAAGUUGUUUACUUUGUCCCACACAAUUGUUCUUAUGGAUUUUCUCUGCCCUCUUGUCACUGUGGUUUAACUUGAACAAUCAUUGUAGCUCACUUUCUUCUGCCACUCGACAUUAGUGAUUCUUCCAUUCAUGGAGCUCAGGCUUUGCCUCAAGUACAGGGUCUCUGGUACCCUAAUAUCAUAAGUGUCCGAAGCACCGGUGCCAGAAUCCAGGCGCCCAUAUUCUUCUCGGUCUAGUAUGAAAUGCCUCAAAAGGUUACCCUUUUUGUCUUAUCGGUCUAGUCAAAUUUCCUAACUGUCUAAGUAGUCAUCACUUCAUUAUUUUGGCCGUCCUCUAACAGUUUGGGUAACGUACGUUAACUACUACCCUCACAACUUUUAUAGAUGAUCGAUGUGCGCUUCUCGGACGUUUCCUAGUUCUGCUCUGGUCCACCAGAGAAAGUUUGCGCGCUGUACAUUUUACUAGUUUAUAUAGGCCUGUCUAGGAUUACUUUCUGCACGCAGAUUGGUCUUUAUUUUUGGCAUCUGCAAGCAGUCCAGAGUGCCCAUUCAAUUCCAGUUCUGGUACUUUGCAAUGUUUGCAUAGGUAGUAUCAGCAAAAUUUUAGCUAUCCAUUAAACAACAAAAAGUCGUUCAUUUUGUGCCUCUUCUUGGUAAAGACGCCCUGCUUUGUGCAACAUAGUCCGUAGUGCUGACGAUUGGAAUAUGUGUCGGAGCAAACUGUGGGGAAUAGACAAAUUGCACCAGAAAGAUUGGCUACUAGGCGGCAUUUAAGCGCCUACCAACUAUGCGGAUUAAUCAGUAUUUGGCGUGUCUCCCUUAUCACGACAGACCUGCCUUGCGAGUGAAGACGAGAGGGAUAUCGGUAAAUUCGCACGUUGAGUACGUUUAGCUGCAAUAUCUCAAAGGUAGAGCACAUGACUAAAUUCGGGGGGAUAGGAAAUCGGCCACGGUCUAUAAAAAGAGGAUUGGUCAAAUAAAUCGAUGGUGUAUCUCAAAACAGAUGUUAGAUACCGGAGGCAAGGUUCACAAAAAUAAAAAAUGACAUUGAGUUGCAACUCGAAACAGAGCAUUUUUGUGUCUGAAAAAUUUAAAGGUUUCUGAGGUCAGGCUCUGAACAGCUGGACAAUAUUUGGUACGAGACGGGGUCGGAUCGAGACUUUUCCUAAGGUGGGAGUGUGGUGGCUUCUCUGUUGAAGUCCGUUCGGACUUUGUAGCAAUGAACCUUUUUAGAAUUCAGAUAUUAUUCAUUACCAAUUAUCACCCUAAUUACCCUUGAUCGCCCAUGCCACUUUUUCAGACUGAAUAAAAUGUAUUUGACCCUUCCUCUCUCUGUUUUUUGCUAUUUUUUUCAAGCCAAGUUGUCAGUAAGGUAAGAAUACGGCACUCAGAAGGCGCCAUCUGCUACCUAGCAUGCAUGCACCGUUUAGUCUGUUUUAGAACUUCUUUUGACGAGGCUUUGUGUAACCCAGGAGUGGCAGUUGGGGUUUUGCAAUCGGUGCUUCUGGGCUUUUUUAUGUAAAUCUCUUUAAACCCAAUUCUCUUGAUUGCUCUAACAAACGCUGCCCUCCUGUGAUUUCCGCUUCUUUACCUCAUCUUGUUUGAGUGCCUUUUAUUUUGGGGGAUGGUUUCUUAUCUGCUUUCUGUGGCGGGAUUUCUUCCUAAGUGUGACGCAUGCGUACUGAAUAUUCCUUAACUUAUUACACUUGGGCUUGAUGCAUACUAUCACCGUAGCAAUAUCUAAUGACCUACCAAAAUUUUCUGACUUUCGCACUUUCACGGCGAAGCUUUGACGAGUACUUGUUUAAAACAGCAGGUUUGCGACCUUUUAAGUGACUUUCCAGUCCAAAAAGUCCUUCUUAAUAUACUAAAGUAAUUCUUGCUAUAUUUUUGCUUUCCUGGCUCCUCUAAAACUUGGUUUGGUUGCGACUACGCUAAUGUUACCAUUAGCUAACAACCUUGCACAUCAUCAUUAAAAGAGCCUCCAUAGUGGCCCUGUUGUUGUGGAUAAUGCUCCUCAUUUACUAACUGAUAAUCACCAUCAAACCCCCAGCUUGGACUGUAGAUCCCUGCUUCCUUGAUAAAGCAGAAACGCCCAUUGCCACCCUGUAGUCCGAAUGAAUCAAUGCAUGUUGACACCAUGCGCCCGUUCCUAAAUUACAUGAUGCGGGCUAGAUAUUCAGGGGUUGUAGGAUUGCCUGAUGGGAAAUUUAGUCGAAUUCAAACCUCAGUAGUUCACCCCGGGGUUUGGGUAUCACUGACUAGUGACCGCAAAUAAGCCAGGAAUAACUGUUCCAAUAUUCCUGUAUUUUUACGGUAACUUUUUCCUUCUAUUGAUUGCAAGUCUCGAAAUAUCCGUCACGCAGCCACUGAUCGUGUUCCUUGGUUAAACGAAGCGGGUCAAUUUUGUCCGCAUGUGAGAAUUUAGGUGAAACUCCUCCUGGGGAUUCUUUCGCUCUACUUUUGACGAUUCUGCGUACACGAAGCCAAUUUUCGCCAACCUAUAGUAGGUGACGUAACCCACGAAAUGUUAACUGGAAUUAUGGAUUUGGGUUAGAGAGUAUUACUUGGGUUGGGUUACAACAUUGUUUAUCACAUUGCAUAAUCCCAAGGUAUUUUAGUCGCGCCAGCAUGCCGACUUGUGAAGGCGCGUCCUUUCGCCCGCCUGCAAAGAAAACUCACUCGUUAAGAAGAAUCACAUAAACAGUAUGGGCUUUUUUCACUUAUUAUCCGAGCAUAUUUUAUGGAGAACAUGCACAGAGAUAUGCUUUUUAUAUCCAUUUAUUUUAAAUUACGUCCUUUUUUAAAUUUUCUACCCGAAAAAAUGUGGUUUUCGGUUCCUAAAGUUUGUAAUUAUGAGAUUCCUUAAACUGUAAAAUACGUGUUUCACUAGCACCCCGCUCAUCCAUUUACGAAUUCUGCUUACGAAGUAUUCGGCCUGAGCCGUACCCACUACAAAAAUUUAUGAGCUCUAUCCAGGUUUCUUCAACAGCAUUGAGGAAUGCAGGAUUUUUCAGGAAUGAAAAUUGUCCUUUGUGAUUUGCAGACUAAACGCAAGUGCAAUGAGGGGUCGUAUUCAAAACUUCCGGAAUUUAAAAAAUUUAAAUCUUUCAGAUACCUCUUCUUCGAGUAGAAAAUGUGGAGAAUACGUAGUUUGCUAAAACAGGAGUUCAAGAAAGAAUCUUUUUUUGCACUUCUUUUACAAAAUAAGUUUUCUAAUUACAAGAACAUCGAAAACCAAUGUAAAAGUCAUAUUGCUAAUGUAUUCCCUUUUUAACGAUCGAGUUUUUGCAGAGAACCCUAAGAAGGCGCAUUCAAAAGCCGGCAUCCGGACGUGCCUGGACUCUCAUUGGAAUUAUACUGCACUAUAGUCAGUAGUAUAACCCCACCCAAGUAAUGCCCUAUAAGUGAAAUCACAUUUAAGUAUUUCAAUCGGCGUUUCUUGAGAUUCUAUGCAAAGAAACCCAGAAUGCCGUAUCCUGCCCUGUAACUUCGUUCUGCGGUCACACUGAGUUAUAAUUUCCUCCCGCUCAUGUAUAUUUCCCUGCCUCAGCUGAACUGCACGCUGGUAAAAACCAAAAAGUUUCGCUGUGUAGUCCUGGCUUUAACACCUUUGAAUAUUUUUGACAUCGCGCACCUAACCCCGCUCUAGUAGUUACAUUCAGACUGUAUUUACCUGUGGUUUUUAUCUGCUUUUCCACGCACAGGCACAUCGUCUUCUAG